AUGCAAUGCUCAAAUUUGAUAUCAGAAAAUAUUGAUAGUUGCUACACAGUCGCUUUAUACAAGUGGAAUAUUCCAUUCGCAUAUACCACAAGUAAGGAGAAAAACUUUAAUGUCAAAAGCAAGGAUAUUACGAUACUGCCUUUAGGCAAAAAGAAAGUGACAAUCACGGAUGAUUCCAUUCCGAAGCCAAAAGGUAAUCUAAAAUGGGUUAUAGCAAAUCCACAGCAAUUUGGUUUGUACCGUGUGAAAUACGAUAAAAGGAAUUGGAAUGCGUUGACAGAUCAACUUGUUUCGGACCAUCAAGUUAUACAUGCUAUCAACAGGGCUCAGAUUAUCGAUGAUGCAUUCUCCCUAUACGCGACUGAAUAUCAAAGUCUAGCUAUUGCACUGAGAACUCUGGAGUAUGUGAACAAUGAAGAGGAAUGGUUGCCUUGGGUUACUGCUCAAAAAUGGAUAGAUUAUAUAGGAAAAAAUAUUGAAAGUACCUCAGAAUUUGAUAAAUACAAGGCAUUUGUAUCAGACAAAGUUGAGAAUAUAUACACGACCCUUAUAGUGGACAGCAACAAUUACACACACAUACAAUUGUUAUUGAAAGACAUCAUAUAUGAUAUCGGAUGCUCUUAUGGGUCGCCUUUAUGUGUUAAUGCGACGAUACAGGAAAUAGCUGCCUGGAGCCUUGAUCCUGAAAACUUGUCAGAUGAAGCUAUUGAUGAAGAAGCGUAUUGUCUAGCAUUAUCUGAUGAGAAUUCAAAUUAUUGGGACUUCGUUUUUGAACAGUUUAAGAGUAACAAUGACAGUACAAUAAGAGGCCGUCGUAUAGAUGCAUUAGCUUGCAGCACUAACGUGGACAAUCUUGAACGGCUUGUAGAGUUUGCUAAAACGUCAGUUCCGGAAGCUAUAAAAAUAGCGUAUGCUCUGGGAAGACAUCCUGCUGGUCGGGAGCUCGAACAAAUUGAAGUUGGGUUUUAUAUAUACCUAAUCAUAAACGAAUUUUCCACAGAUGAAGAAUUAACAAAGUUUGAGAGAUUUCUGGAAGAUGUGAAAGACGACAUUGGUGAUAAACCAGACAUUAACUAUUAUUUACAACUGGCUCUUCUAGAUAUGAAGAUAUGGAAUGACUGGCUGGAAACUAACUUACCAUCCGUACAGUCAUGGUUGACUGGACUGGGAUAUUAG